AUUCGCUCUCUCCAACAGCCCGGAUGUAGCGCACACAACCCGCACAGUCCUCCACUCACUGUGGUAAUAACAUGGCGCUGGCAGACACUUAACGGUGCCCACCAUAAUAACACUAUCCUCAGUCACAGACACAAACAAGCGGCGGGACAUGUGAGCUCCUCGAGCCCCAGCACAAGCAGGUUUGCCCGUGUUUUCCAGCAUGUUUGGGAAGAAGAAGAAACGGCUGGAGAUCUCCGCUCCGUCUAACUUCGAGCACCGGGUCCACACGGGCUUCGACCCGCGGGAGCAGAAGUUCACAGGGCUGCCACAGCAAUGGCAGAGCCUCCUGGCAGACACUGCCAACCGCCCCAAGCCCAUGGUGGACCCCUCUUAUAUCACCCCCAUCCAGUUGGCACCAAUGAAGAUAUCUCCCAAGAAAGUCCGGUCUUCCGAAACGCCGUUGCCCAAAACAAUUGUUCGAGGUAACCGACCGCCCAAAGACGCAUCCAUCAACGGCCUGCUAGAAGAGUUUGACAACAUCUCAGUGACGCGGUCCAACUCCCUGCGUAAAGAGAGUCCCCCGGGUCCCCACCAGGCCGGGAGCAGCUCCAAACCCUCAGGCAGUGGUCGACCCGGCGCCCCAGAGGAAAAUGGAUUCAAUCACUACUACUCCCGCUACUCCUGUGACUUAGACACAUCCAGCAGGGACUUCUCUCUGGAUCCUGGCAAACCAAGCUUCUCCAUAGACGGAGACUGGGCAGUGGGGAGACACUAUCGAUUCACCAAGCAGAAUGGCCACUCACACCCAAUACGCAGCCCUUUCUACCCAGACGCCAUGCCCCAAAAAUCAGACUAUGGAAAGUUGCCCCCGGACUACCACACCUACCUGGAGAGCAAAGGGCGGUCAGCCGAUGAGGUGGCCUCCACUGUGGGCAGUGGGGUCGGCUCCAGUGGCUACUACCGGGCGUCAGUGGGUGGCUCGUCCAGCCAGGACUACCGGGACACAUCAGUCGGCACACCAUCCCGCGCCUCACUGCACAGUGAGCAGAUCAACUACCCAGACAGUGAGUGGAGCUACGGCGGUCUACGGGACGAAUACGAAAAGAGACCCAAGAGUUCUUAUGUGACGCAGACGAGCCCUACACCAGCUAUCAGGCAGCGAUCUCGGUCAGGCUCUGGGCUGCAGGAGCCAAAUGUCCCCUAUGCAGCCAGCGGGGCUUUCAAGAACCCUCCACAGGCCCAUCCAUACAGCUCCUACACCUACCCUCGUCUCUCGGAGAGUCUUGCUAAUUCACAGACCUUAACUAAGGGUGACUACGAGCGGCCUUCACGUGAUGGCAGUCCCCAGGUUAUGGGUGGCGACACCUAUCCCAGAGGGCCUCUUAAGCUACCUCAGAGCCACAGCAAGCCACCUGGCUACCCCCCAGUACACCUGCCCUACCCACCGAUGUUCCACCAUUACAAACCCUCGCCCUACCACCAUCCGCCCUCGCAGCCGAGCCCACCGUACACCCCGCAGGGGGCCUACUCACAGCCUUCAUCACCUUACAUUCCCCCGGGGGCUUAUCCCCCUCCUUCCUGGGGGUCAAGCUCAGACACUCAGCCCUCCAGAGUUUCCCAUGAGCAGUUCAGAGCUGCUCUCCAACUGGUGGUCAACCCAGGCGAUCCUCGGGAAUACCUGGACAGCUUUAUCAAGAUUGGCGAGGGCUCCACGGGUAUCGUGUGCAUCGCCAGUGAGAAACACAGUGGCAAGCAGGUGGCUGUGAAGAAGAUGGACCUCAGGAAACAGCAGAGGAGAGAGCUGCUUUUUAAUGAGGUGGUGAUAAUGAGGGACUACCAUCAUGAGAACGUGGUGGACAUGUACAACAGCUACCUGGUGGGAGACGAGCUGUGGGUCGUCAUGGAGUUCCUGGAGGGCGGAGCACUUACUGACAUUGUGACUCACACCAGGAUGAACGAGGAGCAGAUUGCUACAGUGUGUCUGUCAGUGCUGAGGGCUCUGUCAUACCUGCACACACAGGGCGUCAUCCACCGCGACAUCAAGAGCGACUCCAUUCUCCUGACCAGUGAUGGAAGGAUCAAACUGUCAGACUUUGGCUUUUGUGCACAAGUUUCCAAAGAGGUGCCCAAAAGGAAGUCCCUCGUGGGCACGCCGUACUGGAUGGCACCAGAAGUCAUUUCUAGACUACCUUAUGGGACAGAGGUGGAUAUCUGGUCCUUAGGUAUCAUGGUGAUUGAGAUGGUGGAUGGAGAGCCACCUUACUUUAACGAGCCCCCUCUGCAGGCCAUGAGGAGGAUACGAGACAACCUGCCCCCACGGUUAAAAGAAUCACACAAGGUGUCCUCGGUGCUGCGAUCUUUCCUGGACCGGAUGCUGGUGAGGGAACCCUCUCAGAGAGCCACGGCCCAGGAACUCCUCCAGCACCCUUUUCUCAAGCUGUCGGGUCCUCCUUCCUGCAUUGUCCCACUCAUGAGACACUACCGCCACCGCUGACCUGCUGGCUCAGACACACCCUUUACAACACUGAAAACACAUACAUAGCCCACUGUAUACACACACUACCAGGGUGGCACUGCCCUCACCCAGCCGAAACACUCCACCACCUGGUGGUGCGCCACUAACACUCACACCUGUAACCGUGAAGUAGAUUAGCUUGAGGAAUAUCUAAUAAAUACGUAAAAAAAAAAUUAAAAUACACGACACAGAAAAGAGGAAAAAAAAAAAAUGUGUCUACAACAUUUGAAAAAUACAAACUGGAGUAGGUCUGUGCAAGAAGAACUCAGUAGACAUCCAGUAGAAACGUAAGGGCUGGCUCACCCUGCUGCAGUCUUCUCUCCGUAUAGACUGUGAGUGUCCGGCUCCAUGUAGAGUUGUAGUAGCCAUCAGUGAGAGCCUCAGAUGUUUGUGGCGAGGUGGAGAAACACGGAGGACUGAUGCUCUGCUCCAGACCAGAGCAACAGAGGGCAGAACAGUCGGCUUAGAGCAGAGAGAAAGAGGAAAAAAGCGAUGGGCACUGACUGUCAUACAGGUGCUGCGUCGUCAGUCCAUCUGAAGGACAGGCUCCUGUUCAGCUGAGCAGAUGGAGACGUCUUCUCACACGCUAACAGUGAAAAUGUAUUUUAGAGAAACUUGUAAGUUUUCCUGUACAGUUUUGAUAAUUUGCAGUAUUUUAUCGUGUCGUAACCAUUGUGAUAUGAGCAGUAUUAAACAGAGUUUCUGCAGAGAUCUUUCCUACUGUUUAUAAUCCAGUUUUUGCUUAAAGAUACGAGAUAUCCCAAAUAAAACCACUUAAACCUAACUGUCACUAAAAAAUAAUAAAUAUAUUUAUUAUUAUCUUACAUUUGUAGACAGGACUUCCAUUAAAUGUUGGGAAAAAAAGGGUAAUGUCAGAAUUUUGUAUGACAUUUUAAAGUGUUUAUUUAUUUAUUUAUUUAUUCGAAUUGAGGGGUUUAUUUUUGGUAGUGUGGCCUUUUUCUUUUUAUUUUGUUUUUGUUUGUUUUUCUUGGGUUUUGAUUUGCAUUACUAGAAGCGCAUUGACAGAGAAUGAUAUCAGUUGUUACUGUAUAUCAUCCAAGCAAUACCCCAAACCUAUUUAUGAAACCAUGACCUGUAACCUGUAAUUACACCAUGCAUCUAAAUGUAGCACAGACUGAGUGGAUUUGACAAAAAAAUGAGGAAAAAAAAACCAAAACUCUACGCUGAUGUGUUUUCUUUAAUAGGAGUCUCAUCCUGUUUCUAUAAAUCCUAAGAGGCAUUCUUUCAAAGUGCACAGAUUUUGGGAUGCCGAUAAAAGGUCUCGUUUUCUACUCACAUCGCCAUUGUCAUCAUUUCACUUCUUAUCCCACCUCAGCCAGAGACUCACUUGCUAUCACUGGAACUGUGCUCCCAUUCUCAUCUCUGGUUGGACCAGGAGAAAACAGUGUUAUCCUCCUCCCUGCAUCGUUUUUACCCAUCAUUCACUGUGAUAUGUAAAUAUGACUGAGCGCGUGAGUGUGUUUUAGUGUGAGUGGGUGUCCGUGUAUGUCAAAGUGCAAAAGAGGUAGAGAGUGUUUAUCUCUGUACAACAUCUGAAAGUGUGUGUGUAUGUGUGUGUGUGGGGCUAAUCCUUGAUAAAGUGUCAAGACUUGAAUGAGUAACACUUAUCUGUGGUGUUGGCUUGUACAGUGAUAUUGCAUGUUUGUUAUCAGUGAAGCUGGUUUCAAUUAAAAAAAAAAACACCCAUAAUAACAUUGA